AUGGAUUACAUAAACCUGACGAUAAUCUCUUUAAAAGAUUUGGGGGCCAUUGAUGAUACCAUAGGAGAUAUUCAGAAAGAUAUUGAUAAAACCAAAGAUGAAGUCCAAUUGAAAUUGAGGAAGAAUUCUUUUGAAGAUGGUCAAACAACUAAAUUAGUAGGUGAGAUUAUGGAGAAGUUAUCUGAUUUGAAGGAAGGUGACGUAGAUAGUUGUUUGGAGAAAUUGAAGUCAUUAGAAGGAUACGAGUUGACAGUAGUGAAACAGUUGAUGGAUCUUUAUCAUGAAAAGAGACAAUUAUUGAUUGAUGAGAAGUUUCUUGAGCAAAGUGAGGUUGUGGAGCAAACAUUGAUAAACUUACAUUCAAUUGAUCCUAAAGAUUUCCAAAAUGCUUUUGAUGAUAUCCAGAAUUUGCAUUGUGAGUUUGUAAGUGAUGGAGUGGUCUUAGAAGUGAAGGGACAAUUCGAAAGAUUAUUUAAUGAGAAAUUACAAGCAUUCAGAGGUGAGGUUGAAAACGAAUUGAAAGAAUUCUUAAAGAAGAAGAAUUGGCUUAGCAAUUCAUUCAAAGUGGAAACAUUAGAUUCUAAUGAUUUGAAAUUUAUAAAUAGCAGAGUUUCACAAUUAGUUGAUCUACAAAGCAUAAACAACACUCCUACAUAUCCAGAUACUUGGUGGGCCAUUGAUAUUUUACUUCAACCAUUCUUUUUAAGAUUCGACUAUCAUUUCAAUACCAAAAGAAAUACCAACAAGAUCUCUAAACCUGAAUGGGUUUUCAAUUUUGUUGAAGAAUUCUUAUCCAAGAAUCAAAAAGUGUUUGAACUUUCAGUUAAUCAAAGUUUCAAGUCAACCAAGAAGAUUAUGAUUUAUCAAGUUAUAACGUCAGUUUUUGUACCCUUAAGAAAGAAAAUCAUCAAUUCAGUUAAUGUUUUGAAUGAAAAUAUCGAAUCAUUUGCUGACGAUGAAACCAAUUAUGAUAAAACUGGGAGGUUACUUUCACAUCUUAUAUUUGAAUUAACUUCAUUUGAUCAAAGAAUAAGGAAUAACUAUAAAUUCAAUCCAUAUGCCAAUGAUGAAGUUCCUACCAAGAAAUGGAUGGGAUUAACUUCUGACAUCCUUUUACAUGGUGAUAAAGAACGAUUAGGAACAUCUAAUUGGUUGAUUUUUGAAAAUAGAUUAGCUAAUAACCGUUUCGAGAGUGAAAUCAUCAAUGAUGAAAAUGGUUUGAAGAUUGACAUGGACUUCAAAAAUGAACUUGAAAUCUGUAAACCAACUUAUAGUGCAUUGAACUUUGUUAAAUUGUUCGACAAUCUUACCAGUCAUUACCAAACCAUGAAGAUGGUGAAGUUCCAACUCAAAUAUGUUUCCACUAUUCAAUUGAACCUAUUAGAUAAAUACUGUAAGUUCUUGAAUGGCAGAUUAUCGAAAUUCGAUGAGCUUUACAAUUCAUCCCGAGUAUUAAAUUUAAUUCCUGGAUCAAUGGAUAAUACUUCAAAAUCCGAAUCCAAAGUAAGUGAGAGUUUGAAAGGUUUAACCAUGUUGACGGAGAUUUAUUGUUCCACUAGAUUUCUUAUUCACAGCAUGGAUCAAUGGAGUGAAGAACUCAUCUUCAUUCAAUUAUGGAAUGCCUAUAAAUCCGUAGCUACCAAAAAAUACAACAAAGAUGCCAACAUUUUUGACAGUACCAUAGAUGAUUAUAAGAAACUAUCCGAUAAUAUUAAAUCCAGAUACGAAUCAUUCUUCGCCAAAGGAUUGAGAGAUAAUUUGAAAGAAUACAUCAAUUCAAGUGAAUGGGAUCUUUUCCAAACUAAAGAUAAUUCCUUACAUUUCAUACCAUUGACCACCAAUCUACCUGUUUAUUUGAAUUAUAUCAAAUCCUGUAUCUCAUCCUUGGAAUAUUAUGAAAUAGUUAAUGGCAUAGUGAGUUCAAUUUGUGAUCUUUGGUAUGAAUAUAUCAUCACCAACAAUAAAUUCAAUAAACUUGGAAGUGAACAAUUACAAGAAGAUUUCGAGUUCAUUUUGAACAGGCUCAAGCAUGAGUUACUCAUUGACCAUGGGGAUAUCUUAUCCACGGCCAAUAAUCAUCAAUUAAUGAAAAUAAAUCAAUCUAUUGAAAUCUUACAAAGAUUUGAUCCAGUAUUCUCCAAGAAUCUCCUCAACUCAUACAAUGAUGAAACCAUUAGAGGAGAAUUCUCUCAUCAUUUAAAUCAUCUUCAGAACCAUGAGAUCAAAGAGAUUCUUUUCAGAAUCAUUUAG